AUGUCGGAGACCGAGUGGAGAGAACUGAUAUGUGACGGAAAGUUUCCAUGCUUUAACUGUACACGACGGGAUGCAGCCUCGUACUGCAAAUACAGCGAAGAAGCUGAGGCCCACCGCCAGCAAUCGGUAAAUGUAUUUACCCUCAGUAAUACCGAACCAAUCACUGGAAAUAUCGCUGGCACUGUCGGAAAUAUGUUCAGGAGUAGAGAUGCCCCUUCUUUCUUCAGUUCAUCUUACUUCGGACCCCAGGUUGCAGCCAAAAUAAUCGAAGAACCUGCACCAUAUCUCUCAUCUAGCAUCCGCCACGCAUCAGUUUCAGCGCAGUCUUUCCGAGACGUUGGUGGCCCUUUUUCACAAAUAUGGGAUCUACUGGGUAUAUUGCCUCGAAACAGAGCCAAUGUUAACCGACUGGUUGAUGUGUUUAUUGUUGAGCCCAACUGGACCAUUGAUGCAAUCCAUUCUGCUUCAUUCAAGACCAAGUAUGCGGAGUUUUGGGAGCGGAAAUUUGGCUUUGACAACUACGCAUCCAUCGACUUGUUUCAGCGAAACUUGCAGGAAACAUCUCUUCGCUUCUACUGGGCUUCCCGACGAGCCAUUGUGAUCGCGCCGACAUUUUACGGCGAGUCAACAGAUCUUGUUCGUGCUGGCGUCUUAGUAACGCGCUACCUCAUAAACAUACGACUCUGGAGCCAUUUGUAUACGUUAGACAAGAGAAUCGCGUUGGCCAUUGGCCGCCCGUUUGCAAUCGUCGAUCAGCAAUGCCUCGUCCAACGGGCAACCAAUGUCUGGCUAGAUGAUGAACCAGAAGGACGUGCUGCGGCUCUACCCGUGCUGCCGCUUUCCAAGCCCACCCUGAGUGUCUGUAAUUUCCUAGCUCAUGAUUUGGCAACAAUUGUUGGUAGCAUUCAACAACGCUGCUUUGGUCUGUCGACAUCCUCGAGAUUCUUGAGUAGGCAGCCAGAUUACCAGAGUACUAUCGCAUCGAAGACUCUGAUACCUUGGAAUCGCUUAUACCUUCACUCGAUGUACCACUCUGUUCGCGUUACACUCCAUCGCCCAUAUCUGUUACGCCAAAGUAUCACAGGUCGCUUCCGAUACAGUCACGAUGCUUGCAUUUCAUCAGCCUGUGCUGAUGUCGCAAUGCGCGUUAACUACCUUCAACACCUGGGGCCUCAUCAUUUGUUCAACAGCGCGCUAGUUUUGGGAAUUAUUGCUGUCAAAGAUCCACAUUCGGAUCAAUGUGACGCGAUACUAGAAGAUCUCACUGCUUGUUGCGAUAUACAACGCGGAGACAUCUGGCUGGAUGAGUUUUCACUUGCAGAAGUCAAGAUUAUCGAACUGUGCAUCAAGAAAUCAAAGCAGUUUCGUCUACUCAACUUUGGUGCAGGAGGCCCCUUUCAAUGGCAAGCGUCUCCUUGGGGUGACCCAUCUACAGACGUGCAGCAAUUGGAGAAUAUUCUCGACAGUAUCACUUAAGAACAAAUGCUUUUCGGGUUCCAAUAAUCCUAAGUCUUAUUUUGACAGGCUUUUGACCAAUGACGUGCGGGAACAUCUAACUCAAUGACUGCAUCUCAGCCAUGCACCGGUUUAGAUGAGUUGAAUGUUUUUCUGAAUUAUCUGAGCUUGGGUUGCGCUUCGUAAACAACUAGGGUUACUAGACUUCCAAUGCCAUAGCUCAUCACAAUUCUUAAAUCAUC